AUGACGGUCGGCAGGGGCGACGUCGUGCUCGAGGACGAGCCCGGGGUGGGGCGCAGGCGCACAAAGAAGAUCGCCGCCGCCACCUCCCUCCUCCUCCCUCGCCCUGGCUCCCUGCUCCGCCUCCCUCUUCCCCUCCUCCUCAUCGCGCUGCUGCGUUCUAGAGUGUUUGCUUACAGGGCCGGGAGCGACACCAACGACACGGAUGGGGACGAGGAUGAUGACCCCGUGAUGGAGGUCGACGGCACCGAGGACGAGGAGGUCGAUGAGGUCGUCCAGGCUAAGGCCGCCGCCAAGGCGCUCGGGACCAAGAGCAGCUUGGGCUCGGGCACCGUCGGUGAUGUUUUCGACGGGCUCGCGGAGCUCAACAUGGACGCCUAUGACGACGAGGAGGAUGGGCUCGAGCUUUUCAGCACCAGGCUGGGGGACUUGUACUACGAAAGCAAUGAAGAGGACCCCUAUAUCAUCAAGAACGAUGAUGAAGAUGAUGGCGAGGACGACGAUGAGGAGAUUAAGGACAUGACUAUCAAAUCUACUGAUAUAGUGAUUGUUUGCGCUCAUAACAAGGAUGAAUUCAAUUCUCUCCAGGUUAGCAUAGUGGAAGAAUUGGAGGAUGGGGAUCCUAAUAUGUUUGUGCGCCAUGAGGUCCCUCUCUCAGAUUUUCUGCUUUGCACGGCUUGGAUGGAUUUUAACCGUCAGGAUUUGGGGCCUUCUUCAAGAAGGAUAAGACCAGGGCCUCCAAUGGAUCAGGGGUUUGUGCAGGCCAUCACCAUGGUAAGCCGAGGUGCUGUGGGUGUCAAGGAAGACGAUGGUUCGGUUGAGACAGUGAAGAGAGGAUAGCGUGCAGAGAGGGAGGACGUCGGUUCUAGGUGCUUAGAUUACCUGAGGGCCCAUGACAUCUCGCUGAACCACUACUGGAUGUGGUGUCGACGAAGCACUACACCUAGCUUGCUCGUUGGCGCGCACAUGUGUGCUUUGAUGCGCGACGCUUCAUCAAGCUGACCGGACCGCGACAAUCGCCGGAGCCGGAGCUGGAGGAGGCGACGAGAUGCUGCUGCCGCGACUGCGUCCUCAGAGGCAGCAGUUGCCCCUCGCCGACCUCACCAACCUCCGGCGUUCGCCAUGAGCUCCGCGCAGGACCCCUUCUAAAUCUUCCAGGAGGAGAUCCAGGGCUUGAUUCUUCCAAGUGCUAGCUAGCUCCAAAAGCAAAUUGUCUUCAUUUGGAAGAUGCAACAUUCUAUCAGAAUCCAUUCUCCUGCUCUUUUUCUAUCGUAUGUCAUCCAUUAUUCAACCCCGUUGGUAAGUUCUUGUAGUGUGUCUCUCUGUUCAGAAUUGCAUUUUAGUUUAGGAUUUGCUUCCUGUGUGGUACCGGAUGGCUGAGUAUUAAAACAAUUUGGUUACUAUCGGAAGCACUUUAAUUCUCUGGAAUUAAACUUUGACAAGCAUGCAUAUAUGUGUUCAAUUUUUCUGGAUUACGUGAUGGCAUUCUACGAUUCUGUUUAACAACUUAAGUAUAUGUAUGAAUGUGCUCGAGUCCAUGAUUUAUUGUUCUGUUUAACAACUUAAGAAUAUGUAUGAAUGUGCUACAUUUAGAUCGACCUAUCAUAGAAAUCUGCUUAAUUUGAACUGGAAGUAGAUAGUACUAACAGUCAGAUUGUCCUCCAGUCCAUGUCUUUGAUGUACACCUGCUCUGCUGUUGUUAUUUGUUAAUAUACAGAUACAACCGUAUGUAUAGUCACUAACACUUGGACUUGCCAAAACAUUCAUGUAGGCUGUUGGUGGACGUGGUGGUGAUCCUCCUGUUAGGAGGUAGAGGAUGUGAGCUGAGCUGCUGUCUGGUCGAGGAAGAAAGUUGCUGUCUUUACUGGUGAAACAAAUUGCUGCCGCAACCAUGCUUGUGAGCUUAUGAUGUGCCUCUAGUUUAGUUUGUCGGUUUCUGUGAAUCAUUCUCUGUGAUGUAAGAUGUAUUGCUGCUGUUAGCUGUAAAUGUGAUGUAUGAUGAGUUGACUUGAUGGUUCGUUUGAGGUUGUCAUUGGAAUGGAUUAUCUCCUGUGAAGUUUACUGCUAGUUAACAUGAGUUAAACUAAUACAUACACUUGCUGCUGUUCGUUUGA